GUGACUUCGACCAGCUUCACCUCAUCAACGAUGCUGCACGAACUACCCACAGAGAUAGCUCUCUACAUAGCAUCCUAUCUCCCAUUACAAUCUCUCCGCAAUGUCUCGCUGGUGUCCAGAGAAUGGCAUGGUCUGAUUACAGACAACGUUCAGGCAGUUUACCGGAACGCAGCCAUCUUACAUCGCUUCGUCCUCCUUGUCGAUCUUCAGGCAGAUUCAUCAGGUCAAAAACCGGAUAGGAAGAAAAGAGACUGGUCGCAAUUCUGUCAGAGACGAUUGCAGAUCGAGAGGGGUUGGCGAGGUAAGGCUCCAUCCGUCGCAAGAGAGCUGAAUGCCACCGGCAAAUUCGUGCAUCGAAUGAAGGUUGAUGAGAAGGAGAAAUUCGUGAUAACCACCCGCCACACCGGAGGCCUCUCAGUGACCGAUUAUAACACUGAUCGCGUACUUUGGGCAACAACUCAUGUAGACGAUUACGCUCACUGCGAAUAUGACCACGGCUACAUCAUCUUCAAUCGCCACGACAACAACAAGGAAGUAUGGCGCUAUGCCCGCGACUUCCGGGACUCUGAGAUGCCAGAGGACUUCAAACCUGACGAAUCCAUGUUUAAAGCGUCGCAAGAAGCCGCUCAGCGUUUUGCCUCCCCAACAAAUCGCGGCCAUUUCAGACCGUGGGCCCUCCUCCAGAUGCCCGAGGUUACCCGUGCGUUCCGCUUGUCGUACCCAACGUUGCUGUCGGCUGGCGCAAAUAACGCUUAUUUGUGGGACGUGCCGACUUCCCGUCUUGUUGAAACGAUUGGUAAUAUACAAGCACCGAAUCAAGGCGGGACACUAGGACGCCUCAACUAUGUUGAAGUCAACGACCAAUACGCUUUCUUCUGCGGGUCCAUUCAACUACGUGUUUUUGCAAGGGGCGGUGGGGCCUUGGUCUAUCACUUGGGCAUGAAAGAUUUGCCGUGCACCUACUGGGACGUGCUUCCAGAUAGCGACGAUGUCCCGUGCGCUUCUUCGCUCUUCCAGCCCCAACUACUUCACGAAGCAUAUCACGUCUCUUCCACAUGCCAGAGCAACUUUGUUGCUGCCCAUGUAUCUUCCUCGGGCAAGGACAUAGGAGUACUCACUGCAUCAGGGAUCUUCAUCUGGAUGCCCGGCUUCGAACGACUUAUCCAUCGCGAGGCGACUCUCAACGACACAGCAAUCCUCCUCAACUUCAAUCACUCCCUCGACAACGUCCGAGACAUCUCGGUCUAUCUAGCCCUCGGAGAAUCAAAUGAAAAAGCCGCAAUUGCGACCCGUAAGGGUCUAUUUAUCGUGUCCCUAGACCCCGAAAUCAGCAAGCUCACUGCGGAGGCCCCGCCUCGCCCUGGCCUAUCUGUCUGCCGCAUCGCAAAAUACGACCAUAGCCGACACCUAUCUUUCAUCUCAUGUCUGCAGAUGACGCACACCGGGCUCUUUUUCAACUGGUACCCGUCUUCAGAACAAAACAGGCCUUCUCAGCCUGCACGGCGCAUGGUGAUGAUCCCGCCUCAGCCUCAGCAGGCAAAUCAGAUCCAUGUGCCUGUUCAACUUGUGCCAGCUCAAGGCGUGGAAGGGCAGAGUGACUUUUUGCCUGGGCUGGAGCCUAUUGAGUCUAGUGAUGAUGAUGAGCUGGGUGAAGGUGCAGUUUCUGAUCCGCCUUCUCCCACUAUCGCCGAGCAAGCUGGCCCGCCCUCACUGGUUGAAACGCACGAAGAGGACGAGGAUGAGGGUAACGAUGGGGAGGGAGGGGAUCUUGUAGUGGACGAAGAUGUUGAUGAUUUUGAGAUGGAGGAAGUGGAGGAUGAGAUGAUUGAUGAUUUUCAGUUCGGUGGUGAUGGUUUUAUGCAGGUCAUCGUGAAUGAUUGGUUCCUUCCUAUCAACUCAAGCAUGGUGCAUUGCAUACAUGUUUGAUUUGUUGCUGUGCUCGCGAUUGUAUUUCUACAGGAUGUAAGAUAUAUCAUACGAAUGACAUUGAUCUCCGGUGAGGAGGAUGAGCCAGUGCAAACGAAGAUGAGCAAGGCUCGUAUGCAUUCCUCCACAUCUCCUUCGGCGGUACCAACUGGGCAAUCAGUCAUCGGCACGCUCAACGACACAAUGAUCGACAACGCGAAUACCACAUCUCAGAUGUGCUGGCGGGAUCUUAGAUGUCGGCAUUGACAGCAUUCCUGCUUGGAUUGUCGGUGACACCCUGAAGAAUGUG